AUGACAGAUUGUAAACCUGUUUCCACUGCUCUGUCACUAAGAUCAGUCGUCAUGACAAAUGAUGCGCUCCUACUCGCUAAUCCACUUGAAUACAGAAGUCUAGUUGGUGUUCUUCAAUAUCUAACAAUAACUCGCCCUGAUCUUGCUUAUGCCACAAAUCUCUUAUGUCAGAAGAUGCAACAGCCAACAGUUGGAGAUUUUCAUAAGUUGAAAAGAGUUCUUCGCUAUGUUAAAGGAACCAUUCAUCUUGGUAUUUUUAUUCGUUCUCACAGCUCAGUGACAUUAUAUGGAUUCUCCGAUGCUGAUUGGGCUGGUUGUGUUGAUACCAGAUGCUCAACUACUGGGUUCUGCACUUAUCUUGGUUCUAAUCUCAUUUCGUGGAUAGCUAAGAAGCAGCCUACUGUGUCUCGUUCCUCCACAGAAGCUGAAUAUCGAGCACUUGCGUCUACUACUGCUGAUCUUACAUGGAUCAGUUUUGUUCUACUGACAUUGGUUUAUGUCUCUCCUCCCCAACACUUUUGUUUUGUGAUAAUCAGUCUACCAUUUCUCUUACUGCCAAUCCUAUUCUACAUGCUCGUACCAAACACAUCGAAGUUGGCUUCCAUUUUGUUCGGGAGAAAGUUUCCUCAGGUUCUCUAA